AACUGAAACGCUGGAAACUCGGGUGUAACGUCAUUUUCACCUUGGACUUCUGACUUUUGAUGUAACUCAAACGCAGCAUCUCAUUAGCUGCGAGUCCCGCAGAACUUCUACCUCAGACCUCGUUUUCUAUUUCUAGAGACUAAUCGGCCAAUCAGAGAGCAAGAGCAUCUGAUGUCAUGAGAAGAGACGGCUCGUCUCAUGGUCACGUGACGAUGACAGAGCGUGUGUGUCCACGUUUAUCUCGGUGCAGAAGAAGGUCGAGCUUGAGUGUGUGUCCUCAAACCACCCGGACACAAAGAGAGUCCACAAACGCACAAUCAGCUUCAGUCUGAGACAAACAAAGAACACAAACACACACACUCACACCAACACACACAGUCAGCGGGCAGGACAACAGGCGCAUUCAGACGCCAUCAUCAGACUGCCAUCGCCAACAAUCACUUCAAUCACACAGCAACACCACACAGCAAGGUCAUCUAAAGACGCACAAACACACACACACAGGAAAAAAAACACACAAAGACAGCAAACCAACAAACAACAUCCAAACACAACCCAAAAAAGUCCCACAAACAGAAUCUGAUGUUUUGUUCUCCUUCUAUUUUAACAGUUCUACCUGUGUGUUUUACAGUGUGUAACGCUGGCUGCUGAUUGGUCCUCAGACAGCAGGUGAGCAGGCUGACAGGUGAGACAGUAUAGAGCUUCAUUCAUAAUUCAUCAGCUUCACCUUCACUCCUCAACACUCAUCUGUCUCUGCCGAACAACACUCGCCUGUCUCGUCUGAUUAAACAUCGUUCGAUCUUUUACCUGUUGGGGAAUUUUUUUAUCCUGAUGGUCCAGACAGGUGAGUUUACCGACCUCCUUUUCUUCUUCUUCUGUCACCUUUUCUUUGGAGUCAUAGUUCAUGAGUUUGUGUCUCGUCUUUUUAUGUUUUUCAACAGAUCACCUGAGAUUCAGCAUGAACCUGGACAGCAUCGGUACUCUCUCUCUCUCUGUCUUCACCUGUCUCUCUCUUCCUCUCUAAAUAAUUUUAUUUUGUUUCAGAGGCUCUGAAUGAGAUCCGUCCGUCCGUCUACAGAACGUCUAUGAAGCUUCUGUCUCUACAGAAACUCUGCGGCUGUGAGUAACACUCUGAAAAUUCCUAUUUUAAAAUUACAUUAAAGUAGGGCUGGGUGAUAAAACGAUAAUGAUAUAUAUCGAAAAUCAAUUUCCCAGCUCUACAUUAAAGUAUUUUUGGAAAUCACAGACGAGGCAACAACGAUUUAUAACCAUCAAAGUUUAGCGUGUUUUUGUUUUUCAGUGGAUGCCGUCUGCAUUGAACAUAUCGCAGCGGCCGUCCGGUCAGCGGGCGGGGCAAACUACCAACAGGAAAUGAAGCUCAACAGACGGGAAGUGACCCAAGUCCUGAACAGGAUGUUUCAGUUAUCAUCGCAGGAAGUGGCAGGUCAUGUGACCCUGGCAGCUCCCAAGGAAACAUGCAGCCUGAUGUUUAAUCUCUACGACCGCCGAGAGUCUGUCACAGUAUAUGUACACACAGUAUACACUUUAGUACACAACACUGGGAGUGUGUUAUUGUAAAUGUGUGUGUGUGUGUGUGUGUGUGCGUGUUUCAGCGGUCAGGACGGUUUUGUUUCUGCUGUUUCUCUUCAAACUGCUCUGAUCGCUCUGUGUGCCGACACACUGAUCAACAAGUACAGAGGUAAACAUACCCGUCCACCUGUCCAUCUGUCUCCUGACUUUCAGAAUAAAAGCACAUAUAUUUCCUGUUCCUUUCAGAAUAAAACUUCUCUUCUCAUCUCUCCUCUCGUUGCAGCUCUGGUGAGAGUUGCAGAGAACGGUUCCGGAUCGGUCAGCAGAUCUGGACUCAGGUGUUUACUGCAAGGCUUAAACCAGGUAGACCAAGUUAGACUACAUUUCCCAGCAUGCCCCUCUCCACCUGCUCACUGAUGCCAGUGUGUGUGUGUGUUCAGGUUCCGUCGGCGGUGCAGGAAGAAGGAGUUUUCGGCGAGGUGGAGACGGCGGUGAGGUCGUGUUUCAAAGGGGUGAGAAACCAUCAGAAGCAUGCGAUUGGUUGUUGUCAUGGAAACGCACUAACCCUGUGUGUUUGACAGGUGUUGACCCCUGCUGUAGGUGAGGAACACCUGCUGUCGUGGCUGCAGAGCGAGCCUCACCUGUUGCUAUGGUUACCGACUCUUUACCGUCUGUGCGUGAGCCAGAAUGUCAGUCACGCCGUCCACUGUUACACCUGCAAGACCUUCCCCAUCACCGGCCUCAGGUCACCACCUGCCAGCCAAUCAGAACACUCCAAUCAGACUCUCUUAAAAUAACCAGGUGUUGUCAUUUUGUGUGCGUGUGUGUGUGUGCGUUCAGGUUUCGCUGUAUGAAGUGUGUGAACGUCCACGUGUGUCAGAGCUGUUUCCUAACGGACCGUGAGAGGAAGAAACACAAAACUCGCCAUCCGGUCCUCGAGUUCUGCACACAGGUGACAACACACACACACACACACACACACACACACACACACACACGCACACACACACACACACACACACACACACAUAAAGUCCUCCAGGUACACCUCGUUUAUUUAAAAUCACUCUUUGUUUGUUCAUCAGCCCACCUGGAGAGAAUCUUGGUCAUCGUUAGUCAACAACGCUCGUUGUACCCUGUUGCCACGGCGAUACACCUAUAGAGAGUCAGACAGGAGCCGGGCUCUAAUGUGGGCGGAGCCAGGAGAGACUCUCAACAGGUGGGUCAAAUAUCGUCACUAGAUAAGCUGUCACACCUGCACUCUAUUUUAACUCAAGACCGCCCCUUUUUGUUGUCAGAGCUCCGCCCCCUUCUGAUGCCUCAACAUUAUUGGCUGCCUCAGCCACCAGUCACAGUCUGUCCUCGAGCAGAGAUGUUUCCCAUGAUGCCUUACUGCAUAGUCCAUCCUGCUCAUUUUCGUCGAAAGCUCUGCAGACUGACGAUGAGGCCGAGCAGGUAAGAUGAAGACCUCGCCGUUCAGAUACUUUAACGCCAAAUACAAACCAAACAAGGUCAUUGAUCAACAUUAUCAUUAUUGUUCUGAUCAGGAGGAGGCGACAGCUCUGCACACUGAAGUCAAAAACCUGCAGAGAGACAAAUGGUGAGAAUCCAGAUUCAACCAAUCAGAGAGCGCUCGGUAGACACGCCUCACAACCAUCAACUUCUUCCUCUUCUUCUUUGUUGGUCUCAGGCUGUUGGAGAAGCAGCUCCAAGCCUGGAAGCUCACCAUCCAAUCAGACCACAGCAUCCUGGAGGACAGGUGUGCUCACAUGGAGGUUACCGUGGAAACGCUGAGAGAACAUAACCUUCGCCUGCAGGGCAUGCUCACACAGGUAAACACUCACAUACAGUCGUGGCCAAAAUUAUUUACCCCCCCCUUGCUGUAGUUUGUAACAAGGAUCUGGAACAUCUCCUGAGGAAUCCCAGCCCAUUCGUCGUCAUCGUUUUCUUCCACUUAUCCGGGUCCGGGUCGCGGGGGUGCAGGUCCAGGAGGGAAGCCCAGGCGGCCAUCAACCCAGCCACUUCCACCAGCUCUUCCGAGAGGGAUUCCCAGGUACUCCCAGGCCAGGCGGGAGAUAUAAUCCCUCCACCUGAUCAUGGGCUGGCCACAAGGUCUCCUCCCGGUUGGACAUGUCUGGAACACCUCUAACGGGAGGCGUCCAGAAGGUCUCCUAACCAGAUACCCAAACCACCUCAGCUGACUCCUCUCAACGUGGAGGAGCAGCGGUUCUACUCUGAGCACCUUCCAAGUGUCUGAGCUCCUUACCCUAUCUCUAAAGCCGUGUUCAGACCAAACGCGACCUCGGCGACGUGAGCAACGACUCCCAAUGCAAAGUCUAUGGACAGCCGCGACCUGACGCAACUUGGCGACCGCCGGCUGCCAGUUUUCUUUGCAACUUCUUUUCUUUGAAAUUCUUCACUUCCUACCUCUCCCAGACUUGUUCUGUACUGUGUGGCUCUCCUUGAAUUUCUUGAUGAUACUUCUAGACACUUGGAAACGCUGUAUUACCUUUUCCUGCUUUGUGAGCACCAACAAUUCUUUUGUUUUUGUCAUGAUGCCUUCUCAAGUGAAGCUUAAACGUGUAACAAGGUUUUUAUACAGUAUGUAAAGUGAAGGACAACCCUUUGUUUUAACUUAACUGAUUGAUUGAUUACAAGCUGUGAGCACUCAAAGGUGAAAGCACAUGAUUACACAACAGUGGUUUUUGUUUUGGCUCAAUAAAAACACAGAUUCUUAAGGGGGCUAAUAAUUUUCGGCUACAACUGUACGCCCAAACCUGCACCUGGACUUUCACCUUCCACUCUGUGGGUCUGGGACACCUGUCGAGUAUAUUUGCAUGCCUGAAAUGUUGUCGUCAUGAAACAACCCUAAAGUUCAAACCUCUCAGGCGAACAGUUAGCAGUGAAAUGGACUUACGAGGCAAAGAGGAUCUUAAAGAGCUCCCAAGUGGGUCUGGUGUCAGAUUCUCAAGCAGUCAUCAAACGGAGCCGUUCAGGAACUUGAAACACAUGUCAGGAUUUAUGCCAACAUCCGUUUAUCUUCAUAUGAAUCAUUCUUUCUCAGGCUCUGGACAAGAUGGAGGCUCAACAGCAGGCUAACCCCUCACCAGGUGGUGUUGUAACUCCCCAGAGCAUCAAUGCAGAGGAGGAAGAGGAGGAGGAGGAAGAGGAGUUGCUUGGAGGGGAAGUUGGGUGGAUGGAAGAUGAACAACCAACUCCAUCUCCCACAAUGCAUCAGGUAACACCCCAAGAGGUGGAGUCUGAGGAUGAGCUGUCCCUCAGCCCUUCAGCGGAAACGCUAAAGAGAAGGGAGGGGGUGGAGUCUGAUGAAGAAGAGGAUUGUGGGUUCUGUAGUGCAGAGGAACAGCUGCAGGAGAUUGUGGAGUCACUGAGGACCAUGAUGAAGACAGACAGGGGCAGAGCGAGGCAGACAGGUGAGGUUGAGGUGUGGUGGUUACUAUGGUUACCAAGGAUGCUGUUUGUAUGUGGAAAAAAAUAACCUGUUAUUGUGUCCAGGUGAGAGGAAGAGGGCGGAGCUUCUCAAGGUUUCAGUCCAGGUGGGCGAUUCCAUACGCCACCUGGUGGGCGCCGUGAGAACAAACGGUGAUGGACAUUGAUGAGAGGACACCUGUUCAGGUUAUAAAAGUUUUAUUGAUACAGUAAUAACAUGUAAAGGUAUAAAAGAGUCAACCAGAGCGAUCAGAAACGAUAACAGCACCAAAGGCCUCCUCACCUGGCCGACAGGUGUGUAACACCAACGUUAGAAUAAUAAACUCAUGUCAUCAAAAUCAAGGUUCACUCCCUGUUUGUGAGCACAUGACCGCCGUUAAAGACUUUUCUUUAUAACAAACGAUUAAAAAAGGUAAAAAAAACAAACUAAACGUUUGUAUAAAUUUAAUUUUCCAUAAAACUGAAAUUUUCUUUUUCUUCAGAAAAAAACGAGAAAACUGUUUAAAUUAAAAUACAAAUGUACCGUAAAUAUGAAACUUUGUAUUUUCAUUAAACACAAACAUGAACUCACUGGAA